AUGGAACUAUUCGAAACCAACCCUUACUACUUUACAGACCAGCGGUUUUUCGACAAUGAAAAUCUCUUCUCUUCGCGCCUGCAAGGUUUUGAGCAGCCCGUGUACCAGGAUCGGCUGGGGUCGGGGUUGGGCGCGGAUGCCAGGUCGCUGGAAGGUGCUUUGGACGAACACGUGUACUCGGUAUCGGAGUUGCAACUCCAGCAGCAACAACUCCAGCAGCAACAACAACAGCAGCAGCAGCAGGACUGCCACGGGCAGUGCUUGCUGUGGGCAUGCAAGACCUGCAAGAGGAAAUCCGUGACCCUGGACAGGAGAAAGGCGGCUACGCUGAGGGAGAAGAGGAGGCUGAAGAAAGUCAACGAGGCGUUCGAGGCUCUGAAGCGAAGUACUUUGCUGAAUCCCAAUCAGAGACUGCCCAAAGUGGAAAUCCUUCGCAGCGCCAUUCAGUAUAUAGAGAGGCUCCAGGCUCUGCUCAGCACUUUGAAUCAACAGGAGAAAUUGCACUACACUGGCAGCAACAUGCGUCAGGGGGUCGGCGUGGCGAUUGAGUGCGGAUCCAUCAGCGCCUCGUGUAGUCCCGAAUGGAGCAGCUCCUCUGAUCAGUGUAACACUCCGUACAAUACUCCCAGCGAGCACUUACUAUCUGUGAAUGAGGGCCAGUCCACUGGAAGUGCCAGCUUACGCUCUCUCUCCUCUAUAGUGGAUAACAUUACUCCAGAGAGUUCACCGAGCAGCUAUUUGGAGAGCAACACCCCAAACUGA